AAGAGCAACAGGACAUCUAUAGAACUAAUAAGAGUAAUAAUACUCAAGCUAGUAUAUCAAAAAGAAUAGAGAAUAUAACUCUAACUACUGAAGAUACAAACAUAAUAGACAAUACUAUUUCUAACAAGAAAAUAGCACAAGAAUACUAA